CCCCGCGCCCACCGGAGAGGGCAUGUGCCCCGGCCCGCCGGGCACGGCCACGGAGGCGAAGCUGCACCGGCACCCCCUCCAACCUGUUCCGCGAUGGUUCCGUCCCGCAGGUCCCGCCUCUCGGCCAAUGGGAGCUGGCGGGGCCGUGUGACUGACGUGCGGGCCGGCCUGUGAGCGCGCGGGGCGGUGUCGCGGUGUGCGGAGGUGCCCGGGCGGCUCCAUGUGGGGGGUGCUGCGCGCUGCGGGGCGGGUGCGCGGGCCUCUGCGCGCUGCCGCCUGUCGCCCCAUGGCUGCUUCGGGCCCGGCAGCGGAGGCCCAGGGAUCCGCCAGCACCGCCGGCAUCAUCAUCAUCGGCGACGAGAUUCUCAAGGGCUACACGCAGGAUACAAACUCCUUCUUCAUGUGCCGGCGACUGCGGGCUCUCGGCGUGAGUGUCGCCCGGAUCUCCGUGGUCCCCGACGACGUGGAGGCCAUCGCCAGCGAGGUGGCCACCUUUGCUGCUCGCUUCACCUUCGUGCUGACUUCCGGGGGCAUCGGCCCCACGCACGACGAUGUGACCUUCGAGGCCGUGGCUAAGGCCUUUGGGGAGCGGGUCGUCCUCCAUCCCGAGCUGGUGGCCCUGGUGCACAAGUUCUUUGGCAAGACAGAGGAGCAGUGCCCUGAGAUGAAGCUGGCUCGCGUCCCCGAGUCCUCCCGCCUCAACUACGGCACAGACGGGCACACUGGCAGCACCUUCAAGUACCCGCUGGUCAGUGUACGCAACGUCUACAUCUUCCCCGGCAUCCCUGCACUGAUGGAGCGUGCCCUGGAUGGCCUUGCUCACCUCUUUCACAGCAAACAGACCCACUUCCACUCCCGCACCAUCUACGUGGCGUCCGAUGAGAUGCUCAUCACACCGGUGCUGGACAGGGCUGAUGCCACCUUCCGAGGCCGCGUCAGCUUGGGCUCCUACCCAGACUGGACCAGCAACUACUACCGUGUGAAGCUGACCCUGGACUCAGAGUCAGAGCAGGACCUGGAGGAAGCGUAUUGCUUCUUGAUGAGGGAGCUGCCACCGGGUGUUGCCGUGCCGUUGGUGAAAGACUGUGUCUCUCCAGCAGCUGUGGAGGUUUAUGGCCUGGCUGAGUCAGGCUCGGCCCUGGGGCAGAAGGUGGCAGCAGCCCUACGGACGAUUGAGGAGGCUUUGGACCAGUACAGCCUGGUCCAGCUCUGCGUGGGCUUCAACGGGGGCAAGGACUGCACAGCCCUGCUGCACCUCGUCCAUGCUGCUGUGCAGAGGCGGUUCCCAGCAAGGCAGGAGAGGCUGCAGGUGCUCUACAUUCGCAUUGUGUCCCCGUUCCCUGAAAUGGAGCAGUUCAUUCAGGCAACAGUCCAGAGGUACGGGGUCCAGCUCUGCACUGUGGAGGGCUCCAUCCGGGAGGCUCUGGCCCAGCUGAAGGAGCAGCAGCCGCAGCUGGAGGCUGUCCUGAUGGGAACACGCCGCACGGACCCUUACUCACGCACCCUGACCCCCAUGUGUGUGACAGACCCCGACUGGCCCCCUUACAUGCGGGUGAACCCCUUGCUGGACUGGACCUACCGGGACAUCUGGGAAUUCCUGCGCAAGCUCUUUGUCCCCUACUGUAUCCUCUAUGACAAGGGCUACACGUCCCUGGGGAGCAUGACCAACACACAGAAGAACCCAGCCCUACGCUGUAGCGAUGCGCGGGGCCGGGAGAGCUACCGGCCUGCCUAUGAGCUGGAGAAUGAGGAAGAAGAGCGCACCUCCCGCUGCUGAAGGCCAUGCUCUCGGAGCCUCCACUGGAAUGCUGCUGGGAGUGACUGAAUAAAGUUGCUGCCUGUCAGCACUAAAUAAACCUGCUGCAGUCUGCA